GUGGAAGAAAAUCGCGAAUUUUUAAUACGAAACGUGAAACUAUUGCCAUUGGGCUCAUUGUCGAUUUUAAUAGAUACAGGAUAUAGAAAUUAGUGUGAUUCGGGUUGUGGCGAAAAGUUUCGCGUACGAAAAAGGAACCGUGACAAGUCCGACAGUAGUUCUAAGUAAUCAAGUAAAUCCUUCGUGGCGAAUGGUACAGUGGGGCCUCGCCUCGGUGUAGUCAAUUUAAAUGUGUGUUUUCGGGAUGUGUUUUGCUUAAAAAGGACUCUACCGAAGGUCUCCUACUGAAAACAAUAAAUCAUGAUCGAAUAGUGAAAAGUUGAUUUAUUUCGCGUAUUCAAGUGGUUCAAGUAGAUCCUUCUUUUUGUUUCGUGUAGUCCGAGUGGGGCGUGAUGGGGCACCUGUAAAUGUAUGAAAGUAGUCACGAGAAAAUUCAGACACCAAAAACGGGCGUGGAUGUGUCCUUGUUGACGAAAAGUUGUGAGGGAUGGACCUGGCCUAAGAUGGGGAGUGUGCUGUUUACAACUGUGUUCGUAACGUUCCAGUUUUUUGCGAGCCUGGCCAAUCCCGAUGCAAAACGUUUAUACGACGACCUGUUAAGUAACUAUAAUCGAUUAAUACGGCCUGUUGGUAACAAUUCGGAUCGUUUGACCGUCAAAAUGGGAUUACGACUAUCACAACUGAUAGACGUGAAUCUAAAAAAUCAGAUAAUGACCACAAAUGUCUGGGUGGAACAGGAAUGGAAUGAUUACAAACUCAAAUGGAACCCGGAUGACUAUGGUGGCGUGGAAACCCUCCAUGUUCCCUCAGAACAUAUUUGGCUACCAGAUAUAGUACUCUACAACAAUGCUGAUGGGAACUACGAAGUGACAAUAAUGACUAAAGCAAUUCUACACCACACCGGGAAGGUGGUCUGGAAGCCGCCUGCUAUUUACAAAUCGUUCUGUGAGAUCGACGUCGAGUACUUUCCCUUUGACGAGCAAACGUGUUUCAUGAAAUUCGGUUCGUGGACAUAUGACGGGUAUAUGGUGGACUUGCGGCACCUACAACAAACUGCCGAUUCCGACAACAUCGAUGUCGGUAUCGAUUUACAGGAUUAUUAUAUUUCAGUUGAAUGGGAUAUAAUGAAAGUACCAGCCGUUAGAAAUGAGAAGUUCUAUAGUUGUUGUGAAGAACCGUAUCUUGAUAUAGUGUUUAAUUUAACCCUUAGACGUAAAACGCUUUUCUAUACAGUUAACCUCAUUAUACCGUGCGUGGGUAUAUCGUUUUUAUCUGUGUUAGUAUUUUAUUUACCAAGUGAUUCCGGCGAGAAGAUAUCACUAUGUAUUAGUAUACUUCUAUCAUUGACCGUGUUUUUUCUAUUGCUUGCGGAAAUCAUUCCGCCAACAUCGCUCACUGUUCCAUUAUUGGGAAAGUAUUUGUUAUUCACGAUGAUGCUGGUUACGUUGUCGGUAGUUGUUACGAUAGCAGUACUUAAUGUUAAUUUUAGAUCUCCAGUAACACAUAAAAUGGCACCAUGGGUACAGCGAGUGUUCAUUCAAAUACUUCCUAAAAUAUUGUGUAUAGAAAGGCCUAAAAAAGAUGAUGCGCAGGCCGACGAGCAACCACCAGAAGUGCUUACAGAUAUUUUCCAUGUGCCACCAGACGUGGAUAAGUUCGUUAAUUAUGACAGUAAACGUUUCAGUGGUGACUUUGGAAUGCCAGCAUCCUUUUUAGUGCUCCCCUCGUCCCAAUUCGAUGUAGCCGGCUCAGGCGGUAUUGGGGCUUGUUAUGGUGAGCCAUUAUUAUCAGUGCUUCCGCUACCUGGGGGAGAUGACGAUCUAUUCAGUCCGUCAGGGAACGACAACAUCAGUCCAACAUGUUGCCCACCGGAUCUGAGUCCAACAUUCGAAAAAAGUUAUAUGCGAGAAAUGGAGAAGACAAUAGAAGGUUCCAGAUUCAUAGCACAGCAUGUGAGGAAUAAGGAUAAAUUUGAAAGCGUGGAGGAAGAUUGGAAAUAUGUAGCCAUGGUGUUAGAUCGACUAUUUCUUUGGAUUUUCACAAUAGCCUGUAUCCUAGGUACUGCCUUAAUUAUUCUCGAGGCGCCUAGCUUAUACGAUACGGCUCAGCCAAUAGACAUUUUGUACUCCAAAAUUGCCAAGAAGAAGUAUGAACUGCUCAAAAUGGGUAGUGAGGAUGUAUAG